AUGGCCAGCACAAAUGGCAAAACCCAACACAUAAUCCCACCUCACAAACUCUUCUUUGCAACACAAAUCUCUCUCAGGCUUUUGGCCUUUGCCGCAACUCUUGCCGCCACCUCGAUUAUGCUCUCGACUAAACAAACCGCUCUCGUUUUCGGCAUCCAAUUCGACGCCCGUUACAGUUAUUCUCCAGCUUUCAAGUUCUUUGCGUUUGCAAAUCUUGUAGUUUGUGUGUUUACGGUUCCAUCACUGUUCACUGCCUUCAUCCUGGGGAGGAAGACAGUUGAUUCAACUUACUACUUCUACAUGUUCUUGCAUGAUAUGGUGAUGACGAUACUAUUGAUGGCGGGAUGUGCAGCUGCAACAGUUGUGGGUUACAUAGGGAAAUACGGAAACAGUCACUCGGGUUGGAUGGCAAUUUGUGGCUAUUUCAACAAAUUUUGCGACUGGGUCAUGGCAGCUACUAUACUGUCCUAUUUCGGGCUAUUUUUCUAUUUCGUGCUCGCCAUAGUCACGGCACACAAGUCCCGCCAAAUUUGA